AUGGGUCCCGGGGCGCCGCUGCCCGCGCUGCCGCUGCUGCUGGCGCUGCUGUGCUGGCGCUGGCCGGGGGCGCGGGCGCAGUUCGAGCGCUACAGCUUCCGCAGCUUCCCGCGGGACGAGCUGAUGCCCCUGGAGGCGGCCUACCGCCACGCGCUGGACCAGUACGGCGGCGAGCGCUGGGCGGAGAGCGUGGGCUACCUGGAGGUCAGCCUGCGGCUGCACCGCCUGCUGCGCGACAGCGAGGCCUUCUGCCGCCGCAACUGCAGCGCGGCGCCCGGCCCGCCGCUCGCCCCCGCGGCCGCCCCGCCCGAGCUGCGCCUCUUCGGGGCCCUGCUGCGCCGCGCCGGCUGCCUCAAGCGCUGCCAGCAGGGCCUGCCCGCCUUCCGCCAGUCGCAGCCCAGCCGCGACGUGCUGGCCGACUUCCAGCGGCGCGAGCCCUACAAGUUCCUGCAGUUCGCCUACUUCAAGGCAAAUAAUCUUCCAAAAGCUAUUGCUGCGGCUCACACCUUCCUCCUGAAGCAUCCGGAAGAUGAGAUGAUGAAGAGGAACAUGGCUUAUUACAAGAGCUUGCCUGAUGCUGAGGAUUACAUCAAAGAUCUGGAGACCAAGCCCUACGAGAACCUGUUCAUUCGUGCCGUGAAGGCCUAUAAUGGCGAGAACUGGCGGACCUCCAUCACUGACAUGGAGCUGGCCCUGCCCGAUUUCUUUAAGGCCUUUUAUGAGUGUCUGGCGGCCUGCGAGGGCUCCAGGGAGAUCAAGGACUUUAAGGACUUCUACCUGUCCAUAGCAGAUCAUUACAUAGAAGUUCUGGAAUGCAAAAUACAGUGUGAAGAGAGUCUCACGCCAGUGGUCGGGGGAUACCCAGUAGAGAAAUUCGUGGCCACCAUGUACCACUAUUUGCAGUUUGCGUAUUAUAAGUUGAACGACCUCCAGAAUGCAGCCCCCUGUGCUGUGAGCUUCCUGCUCUUUGACCCCCAUGACAAGGUCAUGAAGCAGAAUCUAGUGUAUUACCAAUACCACCGUGACAAGUGGGGCCUUGCUGACGAGCACUUCCAGCCCCGACCGGAAGCAGUUCAGUUCUUCAAUGUGACAACACUCCAGAAAGAGUUAUAUGAUUUUGCCAAAGAGAACCUCAUGGAUGACGAUGAGGGAGAGGUUAUAGAAUACGUGGAUGACUUCCUGGAGUCGGAGGAGACCCACUAGGUGAUUGGAGACUUCCCUGGAUAUUCUGGAAACACAGUCUUUGCCUUUCUUUCUUCAAUAGCCCACGUUGUCGAUA